GAGAGAGAAAGCGAGAGGGAGGGAGAGUGAGAGAGAGAGAGAGAGAGAGAGAGCUCUAGGCAGGCUGGACGGUUGCUAUGACACUGCAGUCUUUUUUUUCCCUCCAAGGAAUGUGUCUCUCUUCUUCUUCUUCUUCUGGCCAUGACCCUGGUGGAUACUUUACUCUCGUGACCCACCUAUAGAGAAAGAGGAGAAAACAAACGAAGAGGCGCACAGAAGGGAGGGAGGAAAGAGGAGAGGGAACCUUGCCCUAAUACAACGCUCUACUGGCUGGACUGUGGAAAUGAAGGAAAUGUGUCUACAUCAGAGCUGAUAGACAAAAAGGGAGGGAGACCGAGGUGAAGGAGAGAGGCAGUGAGACAAGUAGCAGGUAGACCUGCGAAACAGCAGCUGCGGGAAGGGGGAACAGAGGAAGAGCAGAGAGGGGGGGUUAGAGAGGAGGAAAAAGAACGAACCAGGACGAACAGGAAAACCAGACAAGGAAAGUGGUAGAGCGCUCACCUAAUGGAAACCAAAGAGUGCUCUCCUCAUUUCAGUUACCUAUCCUUUUCUUGUGCAUCUUUUCCCUCCACUCAUCCCCACACAACCACCUCGGUGUUGUCUCUUGGUCUGCACAUCUCUCUCUUGAACUUUUCUGCAUGUGAGGGAAAGUGAAGCCAAGACAAUGGGCACUGGUGAACAUUCAGAAUCAAUUCCAACUGGAUGGAGUACUAGCGUGCGGUCUUAAUGGAGAAGUGGUUCUGGUGUGAAAGAGACUGAUUGGCUGAAACACUGUCGUCGUCAACAGUGGCUGUUUUCUCUGCCAGAGCGCACCUGCUCCGGAAUUUCUAAUGGCACCAGGUGUGACAUAUCACUCAGCCGACCGACCAGAUUAGAGCAGUUCGGGUAGUGCCAAGCGCUCCUGCGAUUAUGUGCGUCCGAUUGAUCUAAGAUUAUCAGGAAUUGGAAAAACUAAAGCUUUUUUUUUUUUCAAGUGAUCGACAGCUGUACAGUAGUUGUGGGAUUCAGGAAAGGAACAUAAUAACGAACAGGUGUUGUAGGAUUAAGCAAAGGGAAAACGGAAUAUAAAGGUGUUGUAGCAUUAAGCAACGUACAUUUUUUUGAGGUAAUGUGUUUUAAUCUUAGCUGGUCUAUCACUGCCGGGGCACAGUUGGACUACAUGCCUGAUCGUGCUUCAGUUUCCAUGGUGAAAAACACUGUAGGCUGGUUAGCUUAGAAACUAUUGGGAACAGUUGCCAUUCCACAUUACUGGCACCACAACUCUGCACAUUUGUCCCCUGAGGACACGUUAUUUGGACUUUGUGGCUCUGUUCAGGUCUUAAGUGACUUUUUUUGUGUGGGCUCUCAAAGACCUCUUGAAGCUCUUGAAGGAAGGGGUUGAAUUAAAACUUCAGCUGCUGCUAGCGUCUCACCUCCAGUUAGUCCAUGAGGCGUUCGAGCACGGACGAGACGCCGUACCGGCGCAGUCCCUCACUGGACAGCAAGCCCGAGACGCCGCCCUUCACCUCGGGCUUCCACAGCUACAGUGGCGAGUACGAGUAUAAACGUCCGCCCUUUGCGUUCGGCUUCCACACGGCACCUGGGCCGCAGGCGGCUAAAGGCCGCUACACCACCUCGCAGGGGAAGAAGUAUGUGGUGUUUUACCUGGACCUCUCCUUCAUCUUCCUCCUAGAGCUGCGGCGCUGCAGGAUGGCCGAAGGCUGCAUGAGGGGCCUGCGUUACGGCAUGGUCUUCUUCAACCUCCUCUUCUGGUUGGGGGGUUGUGGAAUACUGGGCGUGGGGGUAUGGCUGUCAGUGACCCAGGGCAACUUUGCCACACUCUCCUCAUCCCUCCCAUCCCUCUCAGCAGCCAAUCUACUCAUUGCGGUAGGGACCAUCAUCAUGGUGAUUGGUUGCCUCGGCUGUGUCGGAGCUGUCAAAGAAAGUCGUCCGCUGUUGCUGAGCUUCUUCAUCCUCCUCCUCCUGAUCUUCUUCUUGGAGAUUUUGUCCAUCACGCUCUUCUUUGUUUACCAAGACCAGAUUGAUCACUAUGCCCAGAGGGAUUUGAAGAGGGGACUCCAGCUCUUUGGCACCGAGGGCAACGUGGGCUUGACCAACGCUUGGAUGAUCGUACAAACGGAUUUCCGCUGCUGUGGCGUGACCAACCAUACGGACUGGUUUGAAGUGUACAACGCCAGCCGUGUGCCUGACUCCUGCUGUCUGGAGUACAGUGACAACUGUGGCCUCGAGAACCCAGGGACCUGGUGGACUGCGCCAUGCUACGAACGGGUGAAGGAUUGGCUACAAGAGAAUCUGGUGGCCCUGUGGAUCUUUGCUCUGUGUACGGCACUCACACAGAUUCUGGGUUUGGUGUUCUCUAUGACGAUGUUCUGCCAUGCAGUCAAAGUGGAGACCUUCUACGCCUAGCUUUGCCCCAAAGGACUUUGGGAAUGAGGGCGGUACACACACCCCUCCCACAGACCCUCUCCUCUUUCUCAGCGACACCCUCGCAGACCAAUCCUCAUGUAACAUCGUUCACAACAACCUGUACUGUUCAACAACCACAAUGUCAUAUCGGGAGCCGAUGGAUGCUUUUUGCUCAAUGAAAUGUUAUUCGCUCAUUCUGUGCUCAACAUAUCCGUGUAAUAUGUAGAAAUACGUAUAGAGAUGUAAUCCCUUUUUUUUUUUUAAAGAUGUUUUAAAUUAUUUUGAAUCAUUCUAUAAUCUAAGCGUUUUGAAAGGAGAGGAGAGCUAAGGAAUGCAGGUCAGGAGUGCAUUUAGUAAAACAGGCCAUGCAGGUACUAAAGUGCAUGGCUCUUUGACUCGUCCAAAUCGACUUAUUCUUGAGUUUUUUUUCUUCCACCAUCAACAAAUACAGUAAAUUAUAUUCCAUUGUAACAUUGAAUUCAUAAUAACUUAUUUAAUGAACUAGUUAAUCUGGAGGGAUUUAUUACAUAUAUAUAUAUAUAUGAAUGUAAGUAUAGCAACUUCAAAACUAAGACUGUCUGGGUGUUCACAAAACCCAUUAAAUUAGACAAUGGUCCCUAGGCCCGUCUCGAGUGUUGCACAGAUCAACAAAACCAACGAGUCAUCCUAGGUACUAAAUGUCUCGAUCUCACCGUCACAGAGUCUGUCAAGGUCCUCGACAACGUCUCCCUGCUGUGGCCUAGGGGCAUUUCUUUCCCACAGUUCUCAUCAAUGUUAUUACAUUCACAUUGACCCGACUUCUGUGUGACUCCAUGAAUAACCAUUCCUUUUUUCCCCCAUGUCUACAGUCGUUUAGCUAUUUCUAGCUUGGUAGAUCAGUCUUCCAUACCAAAUGCAUGAGAACAUCAGAAAACUCUCCAAAACAUCAUUUGAUUAGAAAUGGGUUUGUGGUCACAGCCGGCCGUGAUCGGGACAAUUGGCCUAGCGUCAUCCGAGUAGGGGAGGGUUUGGCUUCUGGGGGCUAUACAUUGGCUCAUCGCGCUCUAGCAACUCCUUGUGGCUGGCCGGGCGCCUGCAGGCUGACCUCGGUCCUCAGUUGAAGAAUGUUUUCUCCGACACAUUGGUGAAGCUGUCUUCCGGGUUAAGCAUGCAGUACAUUAGUGUCUACUUUGAGAAACAGACGCCUCACAAGUCCUCAACUGGCAGCUUCAUUAAAUAGUACCCGCAAAACACCAGUCUCAACGUCAACAGUGAAGAGGCGACUCCGGGAUGCUGGCCUUCUAGGCAGAGUUCCUGUGUCUGUGUUAAUCUUUUCUUUUUAUUGUCCAGUCUUAGAUAUGGAUUUUUCUUUGCAACUCUGCCUAGAAGGCCAGCAUCCCGGAGUCGGCUAUUCACUGUUGAUGUUGAGACUGGUGUUUUGCGGGUACUAAUUAAUGAAGCUGCCAGUUGAGGACCUGUGAAGCGUCUGUUUCUCAAACUAGACACUAAUGUAUUUGUUCUCUUGCUCAGUUGUGCACCGGGACCUCCCACUCCUCUUUCUAUUCUGGUUACAGACCGUUUGUGAAGGGAGUAGUACACAGCACAGUGUUGUACCAGAUCUUCAGUUUCUUGGCAAUUUCUCUUCAUUUCUCAGAACAAGAAUAGACUGAUGAAUUUCAGAAGAAAGUCUUUGUUUCUGGCCAUUGUGAGCCUGUAAUCGAACCCACAUGCUGACACUCCAGAUACUCAACUAGUCUAAAGAAGGCCAGUUUCAUUGCUUCUUUAGCUAUGCUAACAUAAUUGCAAAAGGGUUUUCUAAUGAACAAUUAGCCUGUGUUAGCUAAUCCAAGUUUAGCAUUUUAAAUGUGGCAUUGGAUGAUGAUAAUGGGCCUCUGUAGAUAUUCCAUUAAAAGUCAGCCGUUUCCAGCUACAAUAUUCAUUUACAACAUUAACAAUGUCUACACUGCAUUUCUGAUCAAUUUGAUGUUAAGGGACAAAAUGUUUUGCUUUUCUUUCAAUAACAAGGACAUUUCUAAGUGACCCCAAACUUUUGGACGAGAUAUAUAUAUAUAUCCCACCCCCCCAAACAAAUACAAUAAAAAAAUAUAUGGGAAAACCUCCUACGUCUUCAGAAACUACAGUGAAACACUAGCCAGUGGUAGUGUUUAACAACAUUUUUUGACUAGACAGGCGUGCACGCACACACGCAUGCACACACACACGAGCAUGCACGCACACACGAGCAUGCAUGCACACACAAGUAGGGGAGAAAAGUAGGGGAGAAAAGAUUAGAGUUAGAAUAAUAUUUUUUUACAUCAGCAACAUACAUAUCUCUACAUUUCUAGGACUUAACAGGCAGUGAGGUUAACUAUAACAAUAUCUUCAAUGGUAAAAAUGAGUGGUAAUUUAAAAAAUUUAUGAUUUGGAUGAAAAUACACUAAAUUGACACAUUUCCAUUAUCUUUUAGGCAUGUCAUAUUGACCAACAUGGAAAAUAGACAAAUUCAUAUAGCCUAUUUUAUAUUAGCAUUCAAAAGUAUGAAUUUGACAUUUUUCCCCCUCAUUUUUCUUAGGUAUUAUUUAUACAAAAUUUUGCAGAAUGAAAUGAGGUGUACCAUCAUGUUUAAGGUGUCCAAAUAAAAUAAACAAAAAAACAAUACUUAGUAACAAUAACAGUAAGGCAACUACUGGUUAAUAACAAUUGAAUAUUAAUUUAAAAACUUAACAGCAUAAAAAUGUUUUGUACAACUACUAAUAGGCCUAAAACGAAUAAAAAAAUACUGCUAAACUACUAAUAAAACGAAUAAACCUAAGUACCUAUAAUAUAUAGCCUACAUACAUAUUUAUAAAUAUCUUAUCUAGGGUGUAGUAAGUUAUAACACGCUUUGGUGAUUACAUUUCACUUCCUUAAGUUAAACUAUAUUUUUGUUCAAAUGUGAGUUACAAUUCAUACAAGUAAAUCUGUCAAUUAAAAUAAAUUCAUUAGGCACUAAUCUAUGGAUUCCACGACUGGGAAUACAGAUAUGCAUCUGUUGGUCAUAGAUACUAUACCUUUAAAAAAGGUGGAUCAGAAAACUAGUCAGUAUCUGGUGUGACUACCAUUUGCCUCAUGCAGCGUAACAUCUCCUUUGCAUAGAGUUGAUCAGGCUGUUGAUUGUGACCUGUGGAAUGUUGUCCCACUCCUCGUCAAUGGCAAAGUUGCUGGAUAUUGGCGGGAACUGGAACACGCUGUCGUACACGGCAAUCCAGAGCAUCCCAAACAUGCUCAAUGGGUGACAUGUCUGGUGAGUAUGCAGGCCAUGGACGAACUGGGAAAUGUUCAGCUUCUGAGAAUGGUGUACAGGUCCUUGCGAUGGGGUGCUGUGCAUUAUCAUGCUGAAAUAUGAGGUGAUGGCGGCGGAUGAAUGGCACGACAAUGGGCCUCAGGAUCUCAUCACAGUAUCUCUGAAUUAAAAUUGCCAUCGCUCAUGAAAUCAACACUUUACAUUUUGCUUUUAUAUUUUUGUUCAGUAUAUAUUUACUUUAGGGCCUCAAAACCCAUUGCAUGACCACCAAACUGCAGUACGCCUAAACCUCCCCCAGUCACUACAGGCACCCUAAAGGUUAUACUAAAAUGUUUCACAUAUUAAAAGGGCUAUAUGUUAUUUCCUUUGAACAAAUGUCCACACAUGGUUUUCUCCCCCCACCUCUUGGAGACCUCCGCUAUUGCGUUUUGAGUUCAUCAUAGACCUACUUUCUGCAAACCUCUCCCUCCACUCAGCGGAUCCAUAAUUCAUUCCCAUGUUCGCUUGCAUUUCUCCCUUCCCGCACUUGAUCAAUAAAACAUAUACGUGCGCUCGCGGUCAUCUUCUUUCGCAUCUCCACUCCCUCGUUUUCUCGUCUCUCCGAAGCCGCUGACAGUUAAUGAAACAUUAAAGACGGAGAGCUGACUCGGAGUGCAAACAUGACAAUGGUUGAACUGGGGAUGUUUCACAGUCUGCUUGUAUCUACGAAGAUGAUUGGCCUGGGAGGACAUCCACGGUAUUGUCCUGGAGACUGAGGUCAUCUAGUAGAGUUGCUUUCCCAAUUUUUUUUGUCAGUGUUUGUUAAUUACAACCACUUAAUUUGUAAAAAGGUGUCUAACAGUAGUAUAUCCCUAAGCUACAAGGUGCACAGCUCUGUUUCUCGACUGCUGCAUGCAGAUUUCCGUCAUUGUUUUUUAUAGGGACUGAUUUCUACAUUGGAAACAGUGGUGCACACUCUCCGGCCAAUCACAAUACAGUGCCAAUUAAGUACCAGAUAGAAACUAAAAUCAGGUGCGAGUUCAGCAGGACUCACAAUUUUGGAAGAUAGACAUAUGCUAUGUAGAACAAACAUGCCUCUGACAUGUAGAACGAGGAAUCAUGUCGGCUCUAUUCGUGGCAUUUCUAUCGGCAACGUUUGGCAACUGAACGUGGCGCAGCCCUUGUGGACUUACGGGCCUGAGUUCUGCACCCCUGCUACAGAAUAAUGACAUUUCCAAAUGAAGGCUUUAACCGGCAGAAUAUCUUAUUGUCAAAAUGAAUAUCUGGCCAUGGCUGAAUUUCUGUAGUUUAAUGCUUCACUUGUCUCCCCCUUCUGGCUAAUGGGGUAAAAUCCAGAGUGUGGUCUCAAAAUGUAUAUGGCAAGGUAAGCGAGAUAAAAGUAACAAACUUAAAGAGAGAAAGACAUAGGAGGACUAUCCAUAUCAAACUUUAAAUUGUUUUUCCAGGCACUAGCAUAAAUUUGUUUAGACAUGAUUCUUCUGCCCCCCACUGGCUGAGUAUGGAGAGAAAUAUGAUGUCUCCUAUUGCAAUGGACAAUUAACAAUGUUAAACUACAUUUUGGUCCUAUUAUUGCUCACACCAUUUCUAUUUGGCACAAAAUAGCAAAACAAUGUAACUGGUAAUCGAAAUGGCAUGCCCAUAUUCAAUAAUGCUUUGCGAUCUGGAGGGCAGCCUUUUGCAUCCCCCCCAAAAGUCUAAAUGUGGACUCUGUACCCUUGCUAAUAUGAUUGACAGUAAUGGUUGGAGAACAUUCCAAGAUUUGGAAAACACACAUUACCAGGUAACUCCUUUUGUGUCUUCAUAUUUACAAUUUAGUUCAGCUAUUUACAAUGAUGGGAUUUAUAAAUAAUUUAUCUGGGCUUCCAAAAGGACUGAUCACUAUAAUAUAUAUAUAUAUAUAUAUAUAUAUAUAUAGAGAAAGCUCAUAUUCUGAGCUAGCCAUUAAAAAAGUAUGUUCCACAGAUCUAAGUGAAUCCAAACAACCCUUUAACUGGGACAGAAUAUGCAGAAAUAUGACCUUGGCGUCCCGUAAUCCGAAUCAUCAACCUUAUACAUUUUAAGUUUGUUCAUAUCCUGUAUUUAACACCAAGAAAACAUUUUAGGAUGAAAAUGGCCCCAACUCCCAACUGUUCAAUGUGUCCCCUAAAUCAGUUAGGCAGACUCCUUCAUAUGAUGUGAGAGUGCCACAUAUGAUGUGAGAGUGCAAAAAAUUCAUUUCGAAGUGCAUGAAUGUAAAUAUUCGAUGCGUUGCAUCUACUGUGUUACUUAAGAUGAUAGCUCCUUGAAUCUCUCGAUAAGAGACGAUUACUACUGGCAGGCAGCGCUGACACAAAAAAAGAUGUUGGCUCUUAGAUGGCAAUCAAGGAACUAGUUAAGGAACAAUUUAGAACUGGACAAAUAUCCUUGACUCUGUAAAGAUCUCAGCUAAAGCCCAAUACAUACAAAUAAACAAUCUAUACUGAAGCAAAAUAUAAACGCAACAUGUAAAGUGUUGGUCCCAUGUUUCAUGAGCUGAAAUAAAAAAUCCCAGAAAUGUUCCAUACUUUAAAACCUUAUUUCGUUCAAAUUUUGUGCACAAAUGUGUUAACAUCCCUGUUAGUGAGCAUUUCUCCUUUGCCAAAUAAUCUUGACAAGUGUGGCAUAUCAAGAAGCUGAUUAAACAGCAUGAUCAUUACACAGGUGCACCUUGUGCUGGGGACAAUAAAAGGCCACUUUAAAAUGUGCAGUUGUGUCACACAACACAAUGCCACAGAUGUCUCACGUUUUGAGGGAGUGUGCAAUUGGCAUGCUGACUGCAGGAAUGUCCACCAGAGCUGUUGCCAGAUAAUGAAAUGUUAAUUUCUCUACCAUAAGUAGCCUCCAAUGUUGUUGUUUUACAGAAUUUGGUAGUACAUCUAACCUGCCUCACAACCGCAGAACACGUGUAAACACGCUAGCCCAGAGCCUCCACAUCCGGCUUCUCCACCUGCAGGAUCGCCUCUGGGAGGGGCCUUAUGCCAUAGAUUAAGGCUUAAUUAAUUUAUUUAAAUUGACUGAUUUCCUUCUAAGAACUGUAACUCAGUAAAAUCUUUGAAAUUGUUUCAUGUUUACGUUUCUAUUAACUAUAUAAAGCCCAACACAUACAGUGCCUUCUGAAAGUAUUCAUACCACUUGACUUAUUCCACAUUUUGUUGUUACAGCCUGAAAUCAAAAUAGAUUUCUCUCCCAACUACACACAAUACCACAUAAUGACAAAGUGAAAACGUGUUUUGACAUUUUUGCAAAUUUAUUGAAAAUUAAAUACAUAAAUAUCUAAUUUACAUAAGUAUUCACACCACUGAGCCAAUACAUGUUAGAAUCCCCUUUAGUAGCUGUCUUUCUGGAUAUGUCUCUAAGAGAUUUGCACAGCUGUAUUGUACAGCAUUUGCACAUUCUUUUUUAAAUUCUUUAAGCUCUGACAAGUUGGUAAUCGUCAUUGCUAGAAAGACAUUUUUAAGUCUUUCCAUAGAUUUUCAAGCCGAUUUCAAUCCAAACUGUAUCUAGGCCACUAAGGAACAUUCAAGGUUGUCUUGGUAAGGGUAAACGAUGUGAAAUGGCUAGCUAGUUAACGGUGGUGCGCGCUAAUAGCCUUUCAAUCGGUGACGUCACUUGCUCUGAGACCUUGAAGUCGUGGUUCCCCUUGCUCUGCAAGGGCCGCGGCUUUUGUGGAGCGAUGGGUAACGAUGCUUGGUGGGUGACUGUUGUUGAUGUGUGCAGAGGGUCCCUGGUUCGCGCCCGGGUCGGGGCAAGGGGACGGACUAAAGUUAAACUGUUACACUUCAAAGUUAUCAAGGUUACAUUUUUUAUUUAACUAGGCAAGCCAGUUAAGAACAAAUUCUUAUUUACAAUGACGGCCUACCGAAAGGCCAAAGGCCUCCAGCCGGGACGGGGGCUGGGAUAAAAAUAUAUAUAUAUAGAGGACAAAACACAAAUCACGACAAGAGAGACAACACCACAUAAAGAGAGACCGAAGCCAACAACAUAGCAAGGCAGCAACACAUGACAACACAACAUGACAGCUGCAUAACAUGGUAGCAGCACAAAACAUGGUACAAACUAGAGGUCGACCGAUUAAUCGGAAUGUUAUAAUUAAGUCUAUUAUUUGAUAAAGCAGUCUGACUGAGCGGUGGUAGGCAGCAGCAGGCUCGUAAUCAUUCAUUCAAACAGCACCUCUGUGCGUUUUGCCAGCAGCUCUUCGCAAUGCUUAAAACAUUGAGCUGUUUAUGACUUCAAGCCUAUCAACUCCCGAGAUUAAGCUGGUGUAACCGAUGCGACAUGGCUAGCUAGUUAGCGGGGUGCGCGCUAAUAGUAUUUCAAACGUCACUCGCUCUGAGACUUGGAGUAGUUGUUCCCCUUGCUCUGCAUGGGCCGCGACUUUUGUGGAGCGAUGGGUAACGAUGCUUCGAGGGUGGUUGUUGUCGAUGUGUUCCUGGUUCGAGCCCAGGUAGGGGCGAGGAGAGGGACGGAAGCUAUACUGUUACACUGGCAAAACUAAAGUGCCUAUAAGAACAUCCAAGAGUCAAAGGUAUAUGAAAUACAAAUGGUAUAGAGAGAAAUAGUCCUAUAAUUCCCUCAACCUAAAACUUCUUACCUGGGAAUAUUGAAGACUCAUGUUAAAAGGAACCACCAGCUUUCAUAUGUUCUCAUGUUCUGAGCAAGGAACUUAAACGUUAGCUUUUUUACAUGGCACUUAUUGCACUUUUACUUUCUUCUCCAACACUUUGUUUUUACAUUAUUUAAACCAAAUUGAACAUGUUUCAUUAUUUAUUUGAGUCUAAAUUGAUUUUAUUGAUGUAUUAUAUUAAGUUAAAAUACGCGUUCAUUCAGUAUUGUUGUAAUUGUCAUUAUUACAAAUAAAUAAAAAUCGGCCGAUUAAUCAGUAUCGGCUUUUUUUGGCCCUCCAAUAAUCGGUAUCGGUAUUGAAAAAUCAUAAUCGGUCGACCUCUUGUACAAACAUUAUUGGGCACAGACAACAGCACAAAGGGCAAGAAGGUAGAGACAACAAUACAUCACGCAAAGCAGCCACAACUGUCAGUAAGAGUGUCCAUGAUUGAGUCUUUGAAUGAAGAGAUUGAGAUAAAACUGUCCAGUUUGGGUGUUUAUUGCAGCUCGUUCCAGUUGCUAGCUGCAGCGAACUGAAAAGACGAGCGACCCAGCCAUGUGUGUGCUUUGGGGACCUUUAACAGAAUGUGACUGGCAGAACGGGUGUUGUAUGUGGAGGCUGAGGGCUGCAGUAGAUAUCUCAGAUAGGGGGGAGUGAGGCCUAAGUAGGUCUUGCAAUGGGUAUACAGAGAUGACCAGUUUAUAGAGUAUAGAGUGCAGUGAUGUGUCCUAUAAGGAGCAUUGGUGGCAAAUCUGAUGGCCGAAUGGUAAUGAACAUCUUGCCGUUCGAGAGCACCCUUACCUGCUGAUCUAUAAAUGAUGUCUCCGUAAUCUAUCAUGGGUGGGAUGGUCAUCCGAAUCAGGGUUAGUUUGGUAGCUGGGAUGAAAGAGGAGCGAUUACGAUAGAGGAAACCAAGUCUAGAUGUAACUUUAGCCUGCAGCUUUGAUAUGUGCUGAGAGAAGGACAGUGUACCGUCUAGCCAUACUCCCAAGUACUUGUAUGAGGUGACUACCUCAAGCUCUAAACCCUCAGAGAUAGUAAUCACACCUGUGGGGAGAGGGGCAUUCUUCUUACCAAACCACAUGACCUUUGUUUUGGAGGUGUUAAGGGCAGAGAAAGCUUAUUGGACAUUAAGAAAGCUUUGUUUUAGAGCAUUUAACACAAAAUCCGGGAAGGGGCCAGCUGAGUAUAAGACUGCAUAUAAAUGGAUUCAUCUGCAUAUAAAUGGAUUGUCCAUCCACUUGUUGUUUUUAUGGUUAUGUGGAAUAACUAUCAGACCAUAAAACUCAGCCUGACUAUUAGGACAAGCUUAUUCCAUCAGUAGUCCUCCCUCUUGCCGCCAAAUGUAAUAUUGAAAGCAAUUGACAAAGCAGGCCGUCACUGAAUAUUUUGUGGGUAUUCACAAAACAUCCAUUUUCAACAAGUCAUUAUGACAAUGACUUGUAGUAAAAUUUGAUAUUUGCUGUAUGUACCUCAACUCUCAGAACAGUACAUGUAAUAUUCACAAACAUUCUUAUUUAACUAGGCAAGUCAGUUAAGAACAAAUUGUUAUUUACAAUGACAGUCUAGGAACAGUGGGUUAAACAGGGGCAGAACGACAGAUGUUUACCUUGUCAGCUCGGGGAUUCGAUCUAGCAACCUUUUGGUUACUGGCCCAACGCUCUAACCACUAGGCAACCUGCCGCCCCAAACCAUUAACCCUUAGUCAGCUACUGUAAGCUGAACUAAACAACACAGUCAUAAUUAACGUAGAGUUAAUUUCUUAGAACUAAAGAUCUCAACUAAAGAGAUGUGCCUCACCUCAGCUCACAUUGUUGAAUAUAAGGUCAUAUUUACAGUGCAUUAUGAAAGUAUUCAGACCCCUUGACUUUUUCCACAUUUUGUUAUGUUACAGCCUUACUGUAAAAAAAAAAAAAAGUAUUACCAAUCUUCACACGAUACACCAUAACAACAAUGAAAAAAAACGUUUUUUAGAAAUAUAACAUUUACAUAAGUAUUCAGACCCUUUACUCAGUACUUUGUUGAAGCACCUUAGGCAGCGAUUACAGCCUCGAGUCUUCUUGGGUAUGAUGCUACAAGCUUGGCACACCUGUAUUUGGGGAGUUUCUACCAUUCUUCUCUGCAGUUCCUCUCAAGCUCUGUCAGGUCUGAGGGGGAGCGUCGCUGCACAGCUAGAGACUUGUCCCGUAGCCACUCCUGCGUUGUCUUGGCUGUGUGCUUAGGGUCGUUGUCCUGUUGGAAGGUGAACCUUUGCCCCAGUCUGAGGUCCUGAGCGCUCUGGAGCAGGUUUUCAUCAAGUAUCUCUUUGUACUUUGCUCCGUUCAUCUUUCCCUCUAUACUGACUAGUCUCCCAGUCCCUGCCACCACCAUGCUUCACCGUAUGGAUGGUACCAGGUUUCCUCAAGAUGUCACGCUUGGAAUUCAGGCCAAAAAGUUCAAUCUUGAUUUCACCAGACCAGAGAAUCUUGCUUCUCAUGGUCUGAGAGUCUUUAGGUGUCUUUUUGCAAACAACAAGUGGGCUGUCAUGUGCCUUUUACUGAGGAGUGGCUUCCGUCUGGCCACUCUACCAUAAAGGCCUGAUUUGGUGGAGUGCGGCAGAGAUUGUUGUCCUUCUGGAAGGUUCUCCCAUCUCCACAGAGGAACUCUGGAGCUCUUUCAGAGUGACCAUCGGGUUCUUGUUCACCUCCCUGACCAAGGCUCUUCUCCCCAAUUGCUCAGUUUGGUUCCAAAUUUCUUCCAUUUAAGAAUGAUGGAGGCCACUGUGUUCUUGGGGACCUUCAAUGCUGCAGAAAUGUUUUAGUAGCCUUCCCCCAACCUUUCUGGGAUUGCACCAGAAUUCCCAUAAUAAUAUCUCUCAAAUCUCUAUAUCAUUAUGGAUAGUUUGAUGUUGGGGGGGGUUCAAAAAUCUUGUUCACAAAGCUGAAAAAACCCUACAUCAAAUAGAUUCGAUAGAUCUUAAUCAAACUUUAGAAUUAUGGAUGUCAUUGAGGAUGUUUACAAAAGAAACUUGAUACAACCGUGGUAAAUUCUGAAAAUAUGCCUAUUAUACAGUGAGGUCCAAAAGUAUUUGAAUUGAUAGAAUUUUCAUCGAUAUCAGGAGAACCGUUUAGAAAUUACAGCACUAUUUGUACACAGUCGUUGUUCUCCCAUUUUAGGCAACCCAAAGUUUUGGAGAAAUUCACUUAUGUGUAUUAAAGUGGUCAAACGUUUAGUAUUUGGUCCCAUAGUCCUCGCACGCAAUGACUACAUCAUGCUUGUGACUCAAACUUGUUGGAUGCAUUUGCAGUUUGUUUUGGUUGUGUUUCAGAUUAUUUUCUGCUACCAUGAUUACAGAUAAACAAGAACUGUGAA